UUAUUCACUCAUCCUUCAUCCACUUAAUCAGUCAUCCCAUCCUCGACUGCUGUCGUCUUUUUCUCCUCGUCCUCCAGUCCAGCAGGGGGCACUGUUGGCUCUGAGCUCGGUGUCUCUGUUUCCUGCCGCUGGAUCGCUUUGUCCGCUCCGAGACUCAAAGUGCUCAAAGAGGAGGAAGAUGUCACACGUGCAGCUGCUGCGGGUGUCGAUACAUGAGCGGAUCAGCGCCGCCGCCGAAGACUUUCUACUGCAGCUGGAGAAAGGAGGAGAAACGGCUCGAGUCUCGGCUCUGAGAGCGAUGCUAACCGAGCGGCUAACGGCUGCGGGGGAAGAGAUCGUCGCGGUGUUCGAAGACAAAAUGGAGAGGUCCCAGCGGGAGAUCUGCCGCGAGAGGAGGCUGCUGGAGGCCGUGAUGAAGCCCGAACUCCGGCUGCACCGAGUUGUUUGUCCUGCAGACGUACAGCCGCUGAUGGUGAAUAAAGAAGAGGUUCCCCCUGAGCAGCAGCAGUGGAGCCCCCUUGUGGACCAGGAGGACCCAGAGCCCCCCCACAUUAAAGAGCAACAGGAGGAACAGUGGACCAAUCAGGAGGGACAGCAGCUUCAACAACUUGAGCAGGCCGAUAUCAAGUUCCCAUGGACUGCUGUCACUAUGAAGAGUGAAGAAGAUGAAGAGAAACCCGACUUGUCAGAGCUUCAUCAGAGUCAGACUGAGGAGAACAGAGCGGACUGUGGAGAACAAGAACCAGCCAGGAACUCAGGUCCUGAUGGACAUUUACAAAAAGGUACUGAGGACAAGACUGAAGACUCUUCUGAGACUGAGGACAGAGAAGAGGAUUGGAUGCAGACAUGGGAACCUCAGUCUUGUUUAAAUACAAAAAAUAACAAACACCCUCUCAGUGAUAUGAAAGGUAAAACUGACGUACAGCAGCUGAUGGUGAAUAAAGAAGAGGUUCCCCCUGUGCAGCAGCAGUGGAGCCCCCUUGUGGACCAGGAGGACCCGGAGCCCCCCUAUAUUAAAGAGGAACUGGAGGAACCGUGGACCAAUCAGGAGGGAGAGCAGCUUCAACAACUUGAGCAGGCCGAUAUCAAGUUUCCAUGGACUGCUGUCACUAUGAAGAGUGAAGAAGAUGAAGAGAAACCUGAGUUGUCACAGCCUCAUCAGAGUCAGACUGAGGAGAACAGAGCAGACUGUGGAGAACAAGAACCAGCCAGGAACUCAGGUCCUGAUGGACAUUUACAACAAGGUACUGAGGACAAGACUGAAGACAGUGAAGAUGAUUGGAUGCAGACAUUGGAACCUCAGUCUGGUUCAAAUACAAAAAAUAACAAACAGCCUUUCAGUGAUAUGAAAAGUAAAACUGGUAAGAAAGCAUUUGGUUGUUCUGAGUGUCAUAAAAUAUUCAGACGAAAUUGCGAUCUAACAAAACACAUGAGGACUCAUACAGGAGAGAAACCGUUUAGUUGCUCUGAGUGUGGUAAAAGAUUUCUUCAUAGGUACACUCUAACUGUACACAUGAGGAUUCAUACAGGAGAGAAACCGUUUAGUUGCUCCGAGUGUGGUAAAAGAUUUCUUCAAAAGAGCGAGCUAACUGUACAUAUGAGGACUCAUACAGGAGAGAAACCGUUUAGUUGCUCCGAGUGUGGUAAAAGAUUUUUUCGAAAGGACUAUGAAACUGCACAUAUGAGGACUCAUACAGGAGAGAAACCAUUUAGUUGCUCCGCAUGUGGUAAGAGAUUUUUCCAAAAGGGCAAUCUAACUGAACAUAUGAGGACUCAUACAGGAGAGAAACCAUUUAGUUGCUCCGCGUGUGGUAAAAGAUAUCUUCAUAAGUACAAUCUAACUGUACACAUGAGGAUUCAUACAGGAGAGAAACCGUUUAGUUGCUCCGAGUGUGGUAAAAGAUUUCUUCAUAAGUAUACUCUAACUGUACACAUGAGGAUUCAUACAGGAGAGAAACCGUUUAGUUGUACUGAGUGUGGUAAAAGAUUUCUUCAAAAGGGCGAGCUAACUGUACAUAUGAGGAUUCAUACAGGAGAGAAACUGUUUAGUUGCUCCGAGUGUUGAGACAGAUUCAGACGAAAGAGAAAUCUAAAUGUUCACAUGAGGAAUCAUACAUGAGUGAAACUGUUUAGUUGCUCCGAGUGUGGUAAAAGAUUUAUUAAAAAGUGGGAUCUAACUACAUGUGAAAACUCAUACAGGAGAGAAACCGUUUAGUUGCUCCGAGUGUGGUAGAAGAUUUCUUCAAAAGGCCCAUCCAACUGUUCACAUGAGGACUCAUACAGGAGAGAGACCAUUUAGUUGCUCCUAGUGUGGUGAAAGAUUUUGAGUAACGGCUAAUGUAACUUCAUAUGAGUAUUAAUAUAGAAGAGAAUGAAUUUACUUGCUCAGUGUGGUUAAAGAUUUAAGUUGCAUCGUCUGCAAAAAAGAUUUAUUAGGAUUUGCCAGCAACUUUUCAAAUUAUCCAUAUUCAUAGUUCACUGUUGUAAAAAUAGAAUUUAGAAUUCCCCCGUUCACCUGUUUUUGCCAGUUAAACCAUUUUUUGUCCCUAGAAAAAAUAACUCGUUGAAUAACAUGAACGAUUUCUGUUGAUACUACUUGUUUCUACGGAUUUGAUUUAUUCCAUAUAUAUUACACAACCAUAUUUACUUAUGGAUUUAUUCAUAAUCUCCUGCGUGUCAUGUAAAGAAUUCGCUCUAAAUUAACAGCUGAAUAUACAUAAGAGAAGUCAUACAGGAGAGAAACGAUUAAAUUGCUCCUAUUGUUUAAAAGAUUUAAACUAAUGGGCAAUCUAUGUAUAUGAUUAGUCAUACAGCAGAUCAUUAUUUUACUUGCUCUCAGUGUGGAAAAAGAUUUCACUGUAGGUACAAUGUAAAGAGAUAUUUAUAUAGAUCUAUCAGCAGCUAUCGAUAUUAUCCAUGUUCCUAUUUCACUGUUGUAAAAAGAGAAUUACGAAUCCCUUUCCCUGAUUUUACCAGAGUAAAAAAAAAAAAGAUGUUCCUGGAAAAUACAACUCAAUGAUUAACAUGAAAUAUUUGUGUUGAUAUAUCUGGUUUUUACUGAUUUAUGCCUCACGAUACACACCAAUAAAGUGAAGGAAAUAAG